AUGAUGCAAUUGACUUUCGCAGUUGUGACAGUGAGUACAUCUUGCUAUGCAGAUCCAAUUAAGGAUCAUUCAGGACCAGCACUAAUUAAAUAUAUGGCAGAAAAGCCAAAUGAUACUGUACAAUGGAUUCAUCUAGCAUCUACAGUUGUACCGGACAAUCAAAAUCAUUUGAAAGAAACAUUGUUGAAAUUAAGUGACGAAUUACGACCACAUUUACUUUUGACUACGGGUGGGACAGGCAUUAGUCCUGAUGAUGUUACACCAGAAGCAACCCGUGAAGUUAUUACAAAAGAAAUUCCUGGUAUGUCCCAAACAAUGAUAGCAAAAUCGUUGGCAAUUACUCCAAUGGCAAUGAUUUCAAGACCAGUGUGCGGCAUAUACCAGAAAACAUUAAUUAUUAAUCUACCUGGCAGUAGCAAAGGAUGCGUGGAGUGUUUAGAUUUUGUCUAUCCUAUUCUUCGACAUGCAAUAGAUUUAAUACAGGACAAACGCUCAGAAGUUGCCGUUACUCAUGCAACAAUGCAACAUAAGACAGAGAGGAAACAUCAUUCUUGUGGUGAACAUCAUCAUCAUCAUCAUCAUCAGCAGCAUGCUGAGACAAGAAGAAAAGGUGAACGAUUACGUCAAUCUCCAUUCCCAAUGAUAUCUGUUCAAGAUGCAAUGAACAUUAUUUUCGAACAAAUUGCUAAAAUGCCGAUCAUCGAUAGACCCUUGACUGAAUGUUUAAAUUAUAUUUGUGCGGAAGAAAUCGUAGCCAAAGAGCCUUUUCCUCCGUUUCGAGCAUCGGUGAAAGAUGGUUAUGCUGUUCGUUUGUAUUCUGACCGAUCUCACGAACAAAUCUAUGAAAUUAUUGGACGUUCCGAUGCCGGAGGCGAAAGUGAAAACAUUCCAUUGAACGAAGGACAAUGUGUCGUGAUCAAUACAGGUGCCAAACUACCUGACUCUGCCAAUGCUGUCAUUCAAAUCGAAGAUACUCAAGUACAUGAAUGGCAUCCGAAGAAAAUCAAUGAUACCAACGAGAAAAGUAUUCGUAUACUAACGGAAUGUUCGAUGAAUCAAGAUGUUAGAGAUAUUGGAGAUGAUGUGAAUGUUGGUGAACUCGUUUUGGGAAAAAAUACAUUGAUAGGACCUGCUGAGUUGGGUCUUCUGGCAACGGUUGGUUUGCAAACAGUUCGAGUUUACGAUAAGCCACGCGUAGUGAUACUUUCGACUGGCAAUGAAUUAAUGCCAGUCGAUGCGCCAUCGACAAAUACAGGAAAAAUUCGUGACAGUAACAAAAUUAUGCUUUUGAGUGCAGUACAAGAUUUAAACAUUCCCUUUGCUAUUGAUGGUGGCACAGCAAAAGACGAGGAAACUUCAGUUAUUCAAACAUUACAAUCAGCUUUUGAGUUAGGUGAUGUUAUUAUAUCAACUGGUGGAGUUUCUAUGGGUGAUAAGGAUUUGCUGAAAUCGAUUUUAGUUGAUAAAUUCAAUGCUACUAUACACUUCGGUCGUUUACAAAUGAAACCAGGCAAACCGAGCACAUUUGCUACGUGCGAAGUCAACGGAAAGAAAAAGGUUUUCUUUGGUUUACCAGGUAAUCCUGUAUCAGCUAUAGUCUCAUAUUGGUUACUGGUUGUUCCAACUCUAAAAUAUAUGAUAGGACAUCAGCAACCUCAUCACCCAAUCAUUCGCGUUCAACUUGAUCAACCACUAUCGUAUCUUGAUUUACGACCUGAAUAUCUUCGUGUUAUCAUCGAGUGGUCCGUAAAAUCUUCGAUUCCAAUCGCACGUGUCAUUUCAUCAGGCAAUCAAUGUAGUUCUCGAUUGCUCAGUGCCCGACGUUGUACAGGUCUUGUCCGUUUACCCAGUAAAACCGACGUGAAUGCAUCAUUUUUUCAUACUGAAUCCGAUGGUCAUGGUCAACAAGUAGAUUGUCUACUCUUGUCCUUAUAA